AAGCAACAGCAGCAGAAGCAGCAAUAUCAAAAGAGGGGUAAAAAGCAGCACGAGGGGCAUAGGGCCCAGUGUGCGCAAUUUCAAGAGUGGGGAGCGGCGCGUGCCCGCCCGUCUAUAAAUGUUCCCGAACCCUCUUCAGCAAGGCAUUUCGGGAGCCACGGUCGUACCGUGUACAUUCAAAACCAAGUGUGUAGUUCUCAUUUUACAAAAAAUAGUUCUCUUCAACUAACUUCAGUUAACAGUUCAACAAAACUUUAGUUUUUUGUUGGUAAACGUGUUUUUAGUGAUAUUUUUUAUUAAUCUUAAACCUUUUUGGUAUCAUUUACCAUUUUUGGUUCUCUCCUGAUUUUUUGAGGACUUGUUUUGAUACUACAGACUGUUUUGAAGAAAAGUGAAUUGUUUUCAACGGAAAAGAAAUAACGAGGGGGGAAUAUCGAAGAAAGAGAUAAAGUGUGAUAUGACAUUAGUGCAGACGGAGAAUAUUGCUUCGUUUUUGCCAAUAAUGUUGUCGGUGCAACAGCAGCAGCAUCAUAUUAGACAUCAGGGUCUUCAUGUGCCGGUGUCUAGUGCGGGUGUACAGCAGCAGAUUCAUCGGGGCAAUGUUAUUGUCUCGACGGGCACGCUAACCACUGGUAGCGAUGUGAAAAUGGCCCUUCAGCAACAGCAGCAACAACAACAACAACUUCAGCAAGGUUGUAAGCGAUCGAAAAUGUACCAAACAACACCUUACGGAACCGUUCCUCAUCAACCGGCAAGCGUUGCUAGACGCAAUGCCCGCGAGAGGAAUCGCGUGAAACAGGUGAACAACGGUUUUGCAAAAUUACGUCAGCACAUUCCCCAAAGUGUCGCCCAGGCCCUCGGCGGCAACACGGCCGGCACUCACGGCGGUGCUCGUGCCGGUAGCAAAAAACUCUCCAAAGUCGAGACUCUCCGAAUGGCCGUUGAAUACAUUCGAAGUUUGCAAUUGUUGCUCGACGAUCAGGACGGUUCGGAAAUUGUCACCUUGUCCUCGCAAGGAUCCCCCAAUUCCUCCCGUCAUGAGGGCGAUCAUCACCUGGAUCAUUUGGAUCAUCAUGAUCAUUUAGAUCAUCUGGAUCAUCAUGACCAUCUGGAUCGUCAUGAUAACCUUGAUCAUCAUAAUCACCAUAAUCGUGGUCAUCAUCACCACCAUCAUCAUCAGCAGCAUUCGCCGAUUGAAAUGCGACUCCACGCGCCGAGUGAAAUUGGCAGUGACCUUGGAUCACAUCAGCAGCAUCACUUGAGACAGAAUGCGAGUCCUGGUUUCGCGGCGACUCCAUGCUCAGAGGCGUCGAGUUCGCCUACUCCCAGUUUCGUGUCGGAGGCCUCGUCAGCUGGAAGUCAAGGUUACGGAACCAGUUCAACGGUGACGUUGUACGCCCCGCCAACGGACGCUUACGACAUGUACGAGCCAAACAGUCCGGAAGAUGAGGAACUUCUUGAUUGCAUCUCCUGGUGGCAGCAGAGCCAAGGAUGAUUCACCGGAAGUCGAAUUCCACUCUCUCUACAGAUUUCGAAACAAAUGUACAUAUUAUAAUCUGAGAGAGAGACAACCUCCAUCGGCUGUUCCACCAACUGUGAUCUAGUCAAAAAAAAAAGUCCCUCGGGGAAGAAAAAAAAACAUUUCCGGCGGAGAAAAUUUCGAAUUUUUUUUUUUUAUUCAAAGCAAAAUCUAUUUUUCAUUCUCUAGAAAAAUUUAUAAAUCUACGCGUGUAAUAAAAAAAGAAACCUAAUAUUUCUUAGCGCCAAAAAAAUAUUACACGACGUAAAAAAAAAACUAAAAAAAUAAAGACAAGAACAAAAAUGUGCUAAAUUGCUAUUGAAAAAUGCUACUGAAAAUUGCUAUUGAAAAAAAAAUUCUUUUUUUGUAAAUAAUAUACAUAUAUUUAUACUGUAUGUAAGUAACAUAACGUAUACUAUUAUAUAAAUAUAUAUCUGUAUUUUAUAUAAAAAAAAAUAUAUUUUCCUAAAUAUAUUUUUGUUAAAAGAAAAUAUUUCGAUAAAAAUAUUUUUAAAAAUUGGAAAAUAUUGGAAAAUAUUGGAAAAUAUUUCGAUAAAAAUAUUUAAAAAAUGGAAAAUAUUUCGAAAAUCAUAUUUUGACUCUCUUUCAUUAUUGCUCGAGAUAAAAAAUUGUUUGUGUCUUGGUCGAGCGUUGAAAUCUUCGAGAAAAAAAAAAAUUGUGGCUAAAAAACCGCUAAGUGCCUUUUCUGUAUGAUUUAUACAACGACAAAAUGUGCUCAAUAUGUAUAAAAAGUAGAAGCAACUUUUUUUUACAAGAAAAAAAAUGAAAUAUAUAUUUAUAUAUAAAUAUGUAAACUUAACAUACGUGCGACUCAAUUCAGUGUUAAGAUAAGAGAGUGAGAGAGAGAUUGUGAAAUAAACGAGUCUUUCAUCGAAAAAUUUUCACGUGCCAGUGCCUUUUGUAAAUAUUUAUUCACUAGAUAUAUUAUAUAAAUAUAUAUAUAUAUGAACAAAAAAUUCGUUAAAUAUAUGAAUUUUAUAAUUAUA